GGCGGCGCUGCGAGUGCCUGAGCGAGGAGCGGCGAGCAGCUGUGCUGCCCUGCAUCCCUCCCCACGCCGCCGCCCGAGCAGCAGCCCCGAGACGCUCGUGCCCCCGCCUCCAAACAUGGAUUUAUUCUUCCUGAGGUUCCUCGCGGUGGCCUGGCUUCCCCUGGAGGCUGCGGCGGAGUUUGACGGAAGGUGGCCCAGACAAAUAGUCUCCUCUAUGGGAUUGUGUCGGUUUGGAAGUAGAGUUGAUUGCUGCUGGGGCUGGGCCCGUCAGUCAUGGGGGCAAUGCCAACCUUUCUACGUCUUAAGGCAGAGAAUAGCCAGAAUAAGGUGCCAGCUCAAAGCUAUAUGUCAGCCUAGAUGCAAACAUGGUGAAUGUAUUGGACCAAACAAAUGCAAAUGUCUCCCAGGGUAUACUGGAAAAACCUGCAACCAAGCUGAGCACCUGUAUACAAGCCCAACUGAUCGGCACAGUGAACCACCUCUAUUUCGCCCCCUGGAUCAUCAUGCAACAAAUGUGCCUUCAAGGGAUCUAAACGAGUGUGGAUUAAAGCCUCGGCCAUGCAAACAUCGAUGCAUGAAUACCUACGGUAGCUACAAAUGCUACUGUCUGAAUGGAUACAUGCUUAUGCCAGAUGGAUCAUGUUCUAAUGCUCUUUCUUGUUCAAUGGCAAACUGCCAGUACGGCUGUGAUGUCGUGAAAGGAGAGGUACGCUGCCACUGUCCUUCUCCAGGCUUGCAGCUAGGGCCUGAUGGUAGAACCUGCAUAGACGUUGAUGAAUGUGCGACUGGGAGAGUUGUCUGUCCCAGAUUUAGGAAAUGUGUUAAUACUUUUGGAAGCUAUAUCUGCAAGUGUCAUAAAGGCUUCGACCUGAUGUACAUUGGAGGCAAAUACCAAUGCCACGAUAUAGAUGAAUGCUCAAUUGGCCAGUAUCAGUGUGGCAGCUUUUCACGAUGUUACAAUACCCAGGGAACCUACAAGUGUAAAUGUAAAGAAGGAUACAGAGGCGAUGGAAUAAACUGCCUGCCUAUUCCUAAAGUUAUGAUUGAACCAUCUCGUCCAAAUAAUAUAUUCAAGGGCAAUACUACACUACCGAAGGGCAGCAGCGGUAUGACCAAUAGGAUUCCUGACAUCGGAGGUACAAGACAGCCCCUGAGACCACCACAUAUACCAGCUGUUAUUACAGUAAGGCCUGCACCCAAGCCAACAGUACAACCUACACCAAAACCAACAAUAUGGCGUACACCCAAGCCAACUACUAGGUUUGUACUAAAACCGAUGACAACAAGACCACCACUGAAGCCAGCAACAAGGCCUCCAACACCUCCACAACCUACAACAUCAAAACCUACACCAACAGCAAGAUCCCCACAGUUAACAACUAAAGAUUCUUCUCUUGUUCCCACUGAAACUACCUCUCCCCAAGGAUUUACAGUUGACAACAGAAUACAAAUAGAACCUCAGAAACCACGAGGGGAUGUGUUUAUUCCACGACAGCCUGGAGUGAGCAAUAAUCUGUUUGAAAUAUUUGAAAUUGAAAGAGGGAUUAGUGCAGAUGAGGAUGAAGCAAAUGAUGAUCCAGGUAUCCUGGUGCACAGCUGUAACUUCGAUCGUGGUCUGUGUGGAUGGAUCAGAGAUAAAGAUGAUGAUUUGCACUGGGAACCACUUAGAGAUCCAUCAGGUGGACAGUAUGUGACUAUCUCUGAACCCAAAGGCAAAGAGGGAAAAGUGGCACGUCUGGUCGUGCCACUUGGCCAGUUAGCUCAUUCAGGGGACUUGUGUCUGUCCUUUAGGCAUAAGGUAUCUGGACUACAUUCUGGUCUACUCCAAGUGUUUUUAAGAAAAAAUGGUGCUCAUGGACCAGCAGUUUGGGGAAGAAAUGGUGGCCAUGGCUGGAGACAAACGCAAAUAACUUUGCAGGACUCAGGCAUCAAAAGUGUUAUUUUCAAAGGUGAAAAAGGGAAAGGCAGAACCGGGGACAUUGGAUUAGAUGAUGUGAGCUUGAGGAAAGGCCGCUGCUCUGAAGAACAUUAGCAACACCACUAGACUGGCAAAGAAUAUAUACAAUUUCUCUGUCCUUUUAAUCCUAUUCCUAUCAAGUUAAAAGAAACCUGUGGGCCAAAGUGGAAAAUAUGGACAGUGAUCACCUCAUUAGCCCAGUGAAACUCUACUUAAAAUAAUGCAAAUCGUCUGUAAGGAUGCAAACUUCAAGCCAAUAUUGGGUGUUUUUACUAUUAUUCCUUGUCCACAUACUUUGUGUGUGAUAAAGGUAUCUUGUACCAUGCCUGAAAAAUGCUCAUAUUAAAUGGGGAUGGAGGGGAUGGGAGAGCAAGUGUGGCUAAAUGUCAUCAGAAGAGAUCUCCAGCUCACAGUGGUAGUAUUAACGGUUGUUGUGUGUUUUGCCAUAGUGGUACCAUUACACUGAUGAUGAUGAUAUGCUGUGCGAUUUGUUUGACUUCAUAAUUUGAAGUUAACUGAGGCCUGGACCUGAACUUUGGCUAUUUUACUGCCAUUGACUUUUAAAGAAUGGCGUGUUACAUAUCAAAUAGCAUUUAUUCUGAUGUAUCUAUAGUAACAAAAGGCAGUUAUGUAGAGUAGGUGCUGCAUCCCUUAAUAUUGCUAGUACUGUGUUGUGUAAAUGUGUGUGGUUACUAAUGUAUUUAUGUUUCUUAUAUUUAGAUUCCAGUUGCAAGGUAAAUGGCAGCUGUGCUUUCAAGCUAAAAUACAGUAUAUGAGCUCGGUGUGUUCUUUGACCCUGUGCUGGUGACCACUGAUAAAUUAGCAGUGUCCUGACAUUUUCUAUCUUUUGGCCCUAAAUACUAGUGAUUUUUUUCAUGAGGUUAUGAUUGAAAACAAAGGGCCAGAUCCUCAGCUGGUGUAGUGGUGUGUAACUCAAUGGUUUGCCAUAGUCCUAAAUUAGUUUAUACCAGCUGAUUAGCAAGAUGCUGCCUACUAACAACUCCCAUUGAUCUCUCUGGGAGUGUAGGAUGCUGAGCACUGCCAAGGAGGUGCUUUUGCAUUCUGCAGCAUUGAACUUGUUGAAGUCAGUGGCAGUUUUGCAAUUGACAAUAGGAUGGGCCACACUCCCUGCUGGUAGUAAUUAUUACAACCCAUCUCAGCAGUACAAGUGAGUCAGUUGCUCUAAUGCAUUGAAAUAUAACUGACCACUGAAUCUUGCAUCUGUACAAGGUCCUUGCCAGACUGCUCAGAAAACUACAACAACAACAUUUAGAGCUAAAAUGUUAGUUCUAGAUGGAAUUAGUAUUUGUCAGACUAUUGGGCUUUUUCUUUUAGUCAUCCAUUUUGGAUGUGGUAAAUGUACAACUCCAUGGAGAAAUGUUGAAUUUCUCCACUUGGCUUGUCUAGCCUUUUUUAAAUGAAAAAGCUUUAAUAUUAGCAUUGAGAUCAGUUUUAAAUUUGACAAAUUUAUAUUUAUAUUAGAAGCAAACUAAUAGAUUGUUGUUCUAGGGAGACAACCUUAAAAUUUCAAAUAAGGUACAGCCAGACGACAAAAAGCUUUAUGACCUUAUUUUAAAAUAAUUAAAUGUAAAUUACUAAUGUAAGAGCAAUGUAUCAUUAUGUACGAUCUUAUAAAAGUUAUUUCUGGUUUCAACAAAAACCUGUGUCUAGUCCUGCACACCCUGUCCUUAAGGAUGACAUUGCAAGACAUCAAAUCCUUAUUUCAAACUCUUAUUAGGAGUUCUUGACUUAGUGAAUCUACCAUGUUUUUGGAUUUAGUAGCUCAUCCUAAAAGGAUUAAAACAUACUUUGCACUAAGAUAUGUUUUAACUGUCUUACCAAAUCAUGUUACAGCCUGUCGAGGUUCUAGUCCAUCUACAGAAGAAAGGCCCACCCAGGUUUUAAUCAUUCUGCCGUUAGGACUGGGCAUAUGGAAGUUUUGUUAGGGCAGAAAUAAUGCACUGACCUGUAAGAUACCAUCUGCACUGUCAACAUUAAUCAAGAUCCAGAGAUCCCAACUCCUCCUAUUGAUGCAUUUCAUAAGUAGUAAAUGGACCACCGUUCAUCAGUAUUGCAGUAUACAACAAUAUUAUGCCACUGUAUAUGCUUGAAUGGGUUAAACAAAUCCUUACAUUUAAACAAACAUUAUAGCAAGAAGCAAAAUACUACUAUAAACAGCUACAUUUUCACUUUGUUGGUGUACAGCAUGUAAUGGCUCAGCUUCCAAACCACCUCUAGUCAAAGAUUGCCCCUGGAUAGUUCAUCACUUACCUCUAAAGAUUACUCUGCCUGAUUUGAUUGAUGGAGUCUAUUGAAGAGUCACCAGCCCCCUGCAAAAGGUUUAAAAAAAAGUAUUUUAGGUGACUGUGAGCUUGUUCAGUCCACUUCCAUUUUGGGAGAGGAGACAAUAAUUUAACUUGCUGGGUCAUCUUUUCCCCUUUUUGCAUGAUUCUUACUCCUCCUGCCAAAGUCCCUGAUCUUGCAAUGAGCUCUAUGCAAGCUCACCCCCUGAAUCCAUGCAGAGUGUCACCAACGUGAGUGGGAGUUAGCAAGGACAGAGGGGUCUACCCACAUGGAGUUCAUUAAUUGGGGAUGUAACUAGUAGAGACUACCAUUUCCCAUACAUUCCAGACACAAUUUUGGGUGUGCAGAUGACUAUGUAAGAUCUGAAUAUAGCCUUAAGACAUUGUUUAUAGCUACCCAUUUCCUUUAUUGUUCAAUAAUUGCAUAGCUGGUUCUAAAGAAAAUCCUCCUGAAAAAUCCAUUCUAAGUGUCAAUGAGAAGAUAUUGCGCUAAACUCUAAUGGAAACAGUUAUCAAACGUACUGUAUAUCAUCUUAACUGGCUUAUAAUUUAAGUUUUUGAAGAAAUGUUAACUUUCCUCCCAAACUGACUGAAAAUAAAAAGUAUCUUUGUAAA